UUCAAAACCCUUAAUGACCGUCGCUUGCUCUGUGUUUUUGCGCAUUUGUGACGAACAUAACAACCAUCGACGGUUCCGAUCUUCACCAUCACGCUUCCAUUCCUGAAUCGCACGGCGCUUCCAAACACCACAUUUCACGAAUCGCGAUUCCGAGGCGAUUCAGGACGAUUCCGAACCCGCUUCCGCUUCAGGAGCGAGAAACGUGCCAUCACCGGCGAUUCCGUCGCCGCAUCAAAAACCUCACCGCCGUAGCCAUCAACGCACCUUCGUUUCAGAAAUGGCGAAUAAGAUUGCGAUGUUUCUAUCGGAAGCAAUAAACAACAAUGCUGUCAUAAACACUUGUCUUGGGGUAUCGUUUGUGGUUUUGGGAUUGAGAUCUGAUCAACAGCACAAGUAUGUCGAGGCUUUAGCAGAGCACAAGGAUUCGCUUUCCAAGUCUAACAAGGCGAUGAAAGUCACUAUGUGGGAGUGGAAACAGCAGCUCUUUGCUGAAGCUGCUUCCGCGGUUGUUCCUCUUUCCACGCUCAAGGCCAUCUAUGGUGAGGUCACAGCAACCACUCAGUCAGGUGACACAGCCAAGCAAGAGUCUAAAGUGUCUACCCCCAAGAUCAUGAUAUGAGAGGGUUGCUUAAAGUUAAGAUUAGCAUUUAACCUCAUCAAAUUUCGCAAAUUGCAUUUGUAUAACUAGAGUUUGGCAUGAGAGUGUUUGUUGUUGUGAUCCUUGUUUAAUCUCGUAAGUAAACAGUGCCAGUCAAAUAUGGUAAGAUCCAUCCUCUUUUGGGUUUAUUUUCAAGGCAUUCAUUUUGGAGCCUAUUAAGUUGAUUAGGCCUUUGUUUGGUUGGAUUAAAUCGAAACAAAAUGUCCAAUCUUGUUACAUGAAAUGAACAUUUUUGAUAACAUUCUUUCCUAUAUUAUUAUUAUUACAAAUGGUGAAUAAAAUACAUGAUUUUGCAUA